CUGCUGAUGAAACCUAAAGAUCCCUGCUUCAUCAAUUAUCAUAGUAUUCAUGCAUAUUGCUAGAGAUUCACUAGUAAUGAAAACUUUACUCUGAGGUGGACUUUGACAGGAAUUUAGACUCUUUCUGAUGCAACUGCACCGAGACCUCAAACUUGGUGUUUCUUAGAAUGUGAAAGUAAAAAGCACAUGAUGUUUUUCAUAUAUCAAAUGUAAAAACAUCCUGUAGGAAGGGUACGUGGUGCACAGAGAUUGAAUAAAACCAUGUUGCACUGCAGUCGCUGAUUCCAGUGUUCUUUGAGAUGGACCACGCAGCUCUCCUUAUUGUUGUUCUCCAGCUUUGUGGAACCAACGUGGAAGGAAGGUUUGUGGAUUCAACUGUAAAACUUACUGAGAGGGUGAAACUGGAAUGCAUAUAUCCAAAAAAAGCCACGAUAAUCCAGACAUCCUGGAUGAAACUUAAUGUAACUCAUAAAGAAAAUAUAGCUGUCUUGCAUCCAAUGUAUGGCAUACAUAUCGAAGACAAAUACAAUGGAAGAAUUUAUUUUGAAAAUGCUUCCAGGGAAGAUAAGUCCUUAUCCUUCAUCAAGAGCACUUUGGAGGAUGUUGGUCUUUACUUUUGCUCCAUUGUAACUUACCCAGAUGGAAUUUGGGAAAAGGUAAUAGAAAUUAUUCAGGCAGAUGCUUUUGAAGUAUCUGAGAAACAAAAUAAUCCCAUGUUUACCAAGCCAGGAGGAAAUGUUGCUUUUACUUGCCCUUAUAAAAUUGGAGAUUCAGUGCAGCAAGUGAUGUGGGAAAGGAUUAAAGCAGAUCGGGUCGAUAUCGUUGUUCUGUGCAACUCGUCAGGAAAGCGAAGCUUUGGUUCCGAUUUCAAAGAGCGUACACUGGUGGAUUGCUCUGAUCAGGCAAACUCCACGAUUGUCAUUCAAAACUUUACAGCCUCUGACUUUGCAACGUACCGCUGCGUAGCUACUGGAAGAAACAAAACCUAUGUGAUGAGUUUUACUGUGGCUGCAAGUUGGAAUCACAAAUGGUUUAUUAUCUGCAUAGCUGGAGGAAUUUCUGCUGCUGUCUUACUGUUAGUUUUCCUACUGAUUUUCUGCAUCACCACUGCUUAUCGCAAAAAAAAGAAGAGGAAGAGGAUCACAGAGGCCUUAUCAAAAGCUUUGUACUCUACUCAGACCCGGCCUGCUAACAGUUAUGGAAGAUCCAGUUUUCAUGGCACAUGGAACACAGAAAGAAGAGGAGAAGAAUCAUCACUUGGGCAGACAGAGGCGAUUUAUGUCAACUGCAGAAGUCUCACACAAACCUAAGAAAAGACUGAGUAAAAUGCAUUAAGAGUUAUGAGAAGAGGAUGAGCACCCGGGACAAACACAUCAUGAGUUUGCCAACACUUCCUUUAAAAUAAGAGAGCCUCAGGA